CACUAAUAACACGCUAUACAACAAAACAAGUUUCAAUAGCAGGUAUUUCUAAUAGACUAAUACAUCUACCAAACAGAUACAUCAUUCAUCACCCUAUAACGCCAGUUUCAACCCUGAUAUUACCCCCACCUUUAUCAGGAAAUCUUUUUUUUUUGUUUUGUUGUUUUAAAUCUGGCCAGUUUCAUUUUGAAUUGCAUUAUCGCUCCCCUUUUAAAUAUACACAUAUUAUAUAAGCGCCUAUCAUGACGAUAGACGUUUCACACCCCAACAAACUAAAGACCAUCAACAAUUUCUCCAAUUCAUCCGUUUCCAAAAAGAAAAGCAAGUUCAUCAAUAGUAGUCAACAGUAUAACAAAUGUUUCCAGAAUUACUAUCAUCUGUAUGAAUAUCUUAAGCCAAACCCGAUAUAUAUCCCCCACAUCAGGCCAUCGGUUAACCACUGGCAGUUGCGAGACUUGCUUAAGUUUAACGAGGUGGAAGAUUUGGUUUAUUAUACAAGAGAUGACUCCAUUUACUCGUAUGAUUUGAAUAAAGAAACUACCAAGAAUUAUAUUAAACUCAACUAUUAUCCACGUUGUUUUAGUCACCAUGAUGAUAUAAUAGUCACUGGUGGUUUGCUAACCUCCUCAUCAAAGUUGUUCUCCUUGAAUUUAGAUAAUUUAACCUCAACUAACACAAAUAUUCCCGCCAGGCGAAUCGCAAAGGGGUUAUUUUCGUUCUAUAGCCCCAAAACACAUACAUCCAAAACGGUUAAAUUAGGUGAAAUGAUAAAUAAUGACGUUACAAUCUAUCCUUCUAGCACUAAUUCAUAUCAGUCAUAUGUUUGUAAUAAUGAUACGCAUUUGUAUGGUCUUGAUAUCAAUAAUAACGGUAACAUCAAAGUCACAUGCAAAAUUAACUGUGAAAUUAACACCUGCCUUAACAAUGUUGUGCAAAACCCUAGAACCGAUAAAAUAUUGACUGCAACUGGUGAUUCGAGCUCUAUUUUCUUGAUAGAUCCGCAUCAACCGAAACCAAUCAUUAAAACCAUAAAAUCAGGACAUGAAAGCGGAUUUGGGGUAAGUUAUCACCCAAAUGGUUAUUUAUUCAGUACUGUUUUCCAAGAUGGUACUUGUCAAAUUUACGAUAUCCGUAAUUUGAAAUCAAGAUUAAUUGAUAUUAAAUCUACCAGACCAGGACAUCAGUCAGGAGCAUUUAGAGUUUGUAAAUUCUCACCAGCAAAUGAUAUGAAUGAUUUAUUGAUCAUUCUGGAACAUGUCGGAAGAGUACAUUUGAUUGAUUUAAGGAAUUUGGAUUAUGACAAUGUUGAUGAUCACCAAGUUAUUGUCGUUCCAGUUGCAUUAGACCAAUUUGGUGAUUAUCAAGCCACAAUUAAGAAUCCACAUUUAAUCAAGAGGCGUGAAGAAAGAGCACUCAAGAAGAAAUCUCAAGAUGUCAUGCAUAAAGAAGAUAUUACUGAACCUGAUGAAGCCGAUGUUAAACCCCGUCAGAAAUUCCCAGUUGCGGUAUAUCCGCAAACUUCCGAUUCCUUCACGGCUCCAAUAGUUUACGAUUAUGAUUACUUGACUAAUGUUAGCCCUAGAUUAUUUAAGGAAUUUAGUUAUAUUCCUCCCCCACCUCCACCAGCACCUAUGCAAUAUAAUCCGCCUCCAAAACUCAACUAUCCCCAAUGGAAUGAAUCGGGUCCAAUUGAAUUGGAAGGUACCUCUAUUGAACAUGUAUCUCCAACUUCAUCAGCCCGUCCAUCAAUUAGUCAAACUAUAGAAGAUUUCGAUACUAAUCCUGACGUUGCGGCUCAUUUAGAAUCAGUAUACAAUAGCAUGGAUUGGGCUAGCGCACCACCUGGAAUCGCACCAAGUAUGUCAACUCGUCUGGAUUCAUAUAUUUAUUCAAACUAUUGUGAUGAUUCGUAUCAACAAUGUACCAAUCAUAUCCAUGGUGAGAUGGAAUUACUGGGGAUUGAAUUUUGUGAUCCUCAUAGCACAAAUGAUUCGAAGAUUAUGAUUGGAUGUCAAGAUGCCGGGAUCUUGAUGUGGGAUAUUAAUGGAGUUUCAAGAAGAAGUUUUGGAAGAUUUGAUUAUGUGUAAGGCUUAAUUAUGGAUGUUAAAUUUUUUUUUUGACCAUAUUGUUUAUUAGCAUUUUACGAGAUUGUCUUUUUUAUAGGUUAGUUUUAGGUUUUUUAGUUUCUUUAAUGUUGAAUAAUUUAUAUUACU